AUGGCACUGCUUGCCCUUUUUUUUAUCAUUUUUUUCAAUGUAAUGAGCAAGCAGUCGUACUGUAACUCUCCCAAACUUCAUCCUAAAAUUGUCAAAACAAAACAGCUCAAAAAAAUAUUCAUAAUCACAAGACAUGGAUCGAGAAGUCCGAUGAUAGAGAACAAUCUCAAGUUAACUUGUAACAAAACGCAAAACUGUAAAAUAAAUGAAUUGACAGAUUAUGGAAAAGCUCAAAUGAUGAAACUUGGCUCUGAACUUAAAGAAUAUCUUAGUUCCAAUCACUUUGACUUAAACGAAAGUAAAAGUGUUUUUAAAAGUACGCGCACCGACAGAACUAUAAAAUCAGCAGAAUCGUUUUUGAAGGGACUUUUUGCAAAUAAUUUUCAGAAUUACACAGAAAACAUUUUGAAAAACAUUUUGUCGGAAAACACAAACAAAUUUUCGCUUCAUUUAACGAAAAAUGAUGUGAUUGAAGAAAAGCAAAGAGAGCGUUUUAGAUUUAUAGAAUCGACAAUGGCACCUUUUAUUAGUAAUUUAGCAGAGAAAUUUGCAAAAGUGUACAAAGAAAAUUUCAGUACCGACGAAACAGACAAAAACGAAAAGAAGACAAAAACAGAACUGUUAAUAGACAUGUUCGACCUGUUACAAAUCGCAGAAUGCAACAACUUGGAAUUCCUUAAAAGCAAAAACGAAAGUUUUUCAAAUAAUGAUUUUGAGAUUUUAUGGACGUUUAUGGAUUAUGUGGCUUCACAGAUUGUUGAUCCAGAAAUUGCUGAUUUGGCCACAAAACCGUUGAGAAACGAAAUCUCUCAUUUUUUAAAUCCUGAGAUUGAAAUCAAAAAAAGUGAAGAAGAAUGUGUUGGCGGAAUGUGCAACAAUUUAAGGAGCAAAAAUUUUGAAUUUGUAUCUGGACAUGAUGAUACUCUCUACCCAUUAAUGGUCUUUUUUAAACAGAACUUCAUUGAGCUACCAUCUUUAGCAUCGUAUUUAAUGCUUGAGAUGUUUGAUGAAAACGGAAGUCAAAGUGUGAGAGUGUCAUAUAACUCGCGUGAGUUAAAAAUAUGUCAACCACUCAAAACAUUUUGUCCUCUCAACGAAUUUUUAGAAUGGAUAAAGUAA